GAUAAAUACAGCCUAGCCUACUACACCAAGCAGCCUCUGCCAACCAGACGUAUCCUAAUCCUAAAUGUGAAUACCGUAGGUAAUUCCACGUAUUGCUUACGAUUCCCCACCGCUGCAUGUGGAGUGUGAGUGUGGACACCUAGAAAUAUGUUCACAGAGUCACUGCUGCCACGACGCUGACACAUUCCAGGAGAGGAGGACUGGCCGGGCUGCCUCUCUUCUGAUAAGCAUCCUAUGGUAUUCUGUACAAGUCAAGAUGGCGGUGUCGGCAACGGAAAAAGACGCAAUAAAGACUGAAGAUGACCAUCACAACGAUUCGUUCGGGAACCCCGGGCUUAUCUCGCCGGAUAGGGAGGACAUUGCACGGCUUCUGAAGGUGCCAUUCAGCGGCCGCAUCAGAGGUGGUAUGAGGCCGGGGAAGAAGGUCAUUGUCAUGGGCAUUGUUGAUCUGGAGCCGGACAGCUUUGACAUCAGCCUGACUUGCGGCCGCGGCACAGAGAAGGAGGAGCCACAGCCGGAUGUGGCCCUGAAACUCAGCGCUCGAUUCGCCGAGCGCCAGUUUCUGCGUAACUCCCGUGUCUCGGGAAAAUGGAGCGAGGAGGAGAAGUCCAUCGACUACUUCCCCUUCAUCCCUGACCAGCCCUUCAGGAUCGAGAUCCACUGCGAGCACACGCGCUUCCGGAUAUUUGUGGACGGAAACCCGCUCUUUGACUUUUUUCACAAAGUGAAAUCUUUGCCGUCCAUCGAUACAGUGAGGAUAGAAGGGGGUCUACAGAUCACCAAGCUAGGUUAACCAACCCAGCUGCUAUGCCAGUGUGUGACACAACAAGAACUCAAUACAGGUGAACACACACACCUGUUACUACAAUACCCACAAUGCAACACUGCAGCGACAGUGGGCCUAGCGCUUUGGAAAGGCCUCGCCCAUCCCGGGUUUGGUUCUCCUCUUCUUCUUUCCCCUUUAUCUUGUCAUGUCUCAACCAAGAUCUGACGUUAUUGUGACCUUCCUAAUUGUUGGUUGAAUGGUUGCAACGCAGCUCUGUGUGUUUUUGUUCUGAAAGAAUUCCUUUGUUUUCUUCCUCAGUUCUGUGUGUGUCAGGGAUCUCACAAUAUAAACGCCUGCUCAUGGUUACCAAGCAUCCUAUGGGGAUUUUGCUGAGAGAGGGGGCCCUAUUCCAAAUGUAAUAGUGCACUGCUUUUUGGGCACUAUUUGGCACUAGAGUGCUAUUUGAGAUACAGCCGUAGAGCACUCAAAAGUAUUUGCUUUCAUGUGGAGAAAUCCUACAAUUCUCAGGAGGUUUCUCAGGAAUCAACACUAUUUAUCACGUAUAACAUCAUCACGGUAAAUGAGGGUUAUUUCGUGAGGUUGACAAGCUCAGUAUUAUGGGAGCUUCCAUUUUUGCACUCCCUCCCUGUUCUUGAAUUGGGUUUUAUUGGUUGGUUGGUUGUCAUGGUUAUUGGCAUCCUAACUCAAUGACCUGCAUACAGAGGUUGCAUUCUAAAUUGCAUUCUAUUCCCUAUAUAAUGCACUACUUUGAUCAGGGCCCAUUGGGCUCUGGCCAAAAGUAUUGCACUACGUAGGGAAUAGGGUGCCAUUUGGAAAGGGAAAUGAGGAUUAUAUUGUGGAGUCUCGGCAAGAUGUACCGUAGCAGCUUUUUGAUUGAAAUGUCUUGUAACUGUAUGCAAUGUAUUAAUGGUGGUUCUUACUCACAGUUUCAGUUCAUUGCAACCAUUCUCCUCCUGUAGAUAUAGAUAUUGCACUGACAUAGAGCUACAUGGUAGUGAAUAGAAUGUAUAGUUCAUUUGGAACUUAGUUUACAUUGCUUAUUUAACAGUGAUGAACGAUUGGUUCAUUUAAAGGGAUAGUUCACCACAAAAUCCAAGUUUAUCAGAUGUGUUUUAUACCUCAACUGUUCUGUGUGGAGCUAAUAAACUGGAAUUAGAGGUGCCAAUCUUUCCUAUUCAUUUGGGUUUUAGAUGAGAUCUGUAGGUUUCUCCGAAGGCUCACAGCAGAGUCUAGACAACACAACACGUGGUGUGGAAUGUGGACUCAGAUGGUCUUUCUAGACUUGAAAACAUCCUAGCAAAUUUUAUCUUGGAGUGAACUAUCCCUUUAAGGAGUUUGCUUAACUGGACUCUGACUUGUAAAUGAAGAAAAACCCCAUAGUGAAAACACACCCAGCGAUGGCCUGCCUAAACAACCAUUCCACCCAAACCUCGCUAUCACAGACCAGAUUAUUACUGUAUAUGCAAAUGGUGGAUUCUCUUCCACACUUGAGCAUUUUUUUAAACCAGGAUCGUAUUCAUUAGUGCACACCGAAGUGAAAUGUUUUGCCCAAAAUAAAAAACUGUUGACCCGAAACUGUAACCGGUACCUCUUGAAGUUUACAGACCGUUCCGUUAGCUAGCGGUUAGCGGUUAGCAAUUAGCGAUUAGCGGUUGAUUGUUGUGAAGAAUAGGAAUAAAGGCUGAUGGUGUUAUGAAUGUACAGCAGCCAUGUUUUUCUAUGGUAGCAUACCCACUGGGCACAGACGUCAGUUCAACGUCUAGUUUUGAUUUACAUUUGGUUGAGUUGUCAACUAACGUGAAUUCAAUGUGAAAUCAACAAAGAAUUCCACCAUGUCAUUGGAUUUAGGUUAAACGUUGGGUGAAAAAAGAUCCUUAUGUUGAUGACUUUUUGCAAAUCCAAUCAGUUUUCCACAUUGAUUCAAUGUCAUCACAAAUACUUUUUUGGUUGUUGAAAUGACGUGGAAACAACAUUGAUUCAACCAAUUUCCGCAUCUGAAAUGGCACCUUACACUCCUAGAAAAAAAGGUGCUAUCUACCUGGAACCAGAAUGGGUGUUACCUGGUACCAAAAAGGGUGUUACCUGGAACCAGAAUGGAUUCUCCAAUAGGGACAGCAGAAGAGCCCUUUUGGAAUGCUUUUUUCUAAGAGUGUAUUACCUAUUUAGUGCACUACUUUGGACCAGUGCCCAACACUUCAUCAACACACAGAGCUACUACUGUUCACCAAUAACUGUCAUAUGACUCAGUGGUUUAGUGGAGCAUCAUAUGACUCAGUGGUUUAGUGGAGCAUCAUAUGACUCAGUGGUUUAGUGGAGCAUCAUAUGACUCAGUGGUUUAGUGGAGCAUCAUAUGACUCAGUGGUUUAGUGGAGCAUCAUAUGACUCAGUGGUUUAGUGGAGCAUCAUAUGACUCAGUGGUUUAGUGGAGCAUCGUAUGACUCAGUGGUUUAGUGGAGCAUCGUAUGACUCAGUGGUUUAGUGGAGCAUCGUAUGACUCAGUGGUUUAGUGGAGCAUCAUAUGACUCAGUGGUUUAGUGGAGGGUAAAUUCACGUGAUCGCAGCUUACACACCUUUUAUAUUCUGCGUAAGCAUUUACCCACCUAUUGCAGAAUAAUGCUUUGAAAAUAUUUAUAAAGCGUUACUUUACUCACCACAACCAGGGAUCAGAGUUUACCCACCUGCUGUUAUUUACCACUGAUAUGCCUCUAACAACACACUGCCCCAUGUCUAUGGCCCAAUGCAUCUCUCUGUCUCUAUGGACCCACUGCAUCUCUCUCUCGCUCUUUCGAAACCAAGCCAGGAGAGCAAGAAUGGGGCACACGGACAUCACAUGGUGCCUAUUGUGCUCCAUCAAAGCUCUCUAUUGUCUCUUACUGGGCUUAGUUGUUGGAUCUCUCCUUCUCUAUAUUGUCUCUUACUGGGCUUAGUAGUUGGAUCUCUCCUUCUCUAUAUUCUCUCUUACUGGGCUUAGUUGUUGGAUCUCUCCUUCUCUAUAUUGUCUCUUACUGGGCUUAGUUGUUGGAUCUCUCCUUCUCUAUAUUGUCUCUUACUGGGCUUAGUUGUUGGAUCUCUCCUUCUCUAUAUUGUCUCUUACUGGGCUUAGUUGUUGGAUCUCUCCUUCUCUAUAUUGUCUCUUACUGGGCUUAGUUGUUGGAUCUCUCCUUCUCUAUAUUGUCUCUUACUGGGCUUAGUUGUUGGAUCUCUCAUCCUCUAUAUUGUCUCUUACUGGGCUUAGUUGUGGGAUCUCUCCUUCUCUAUAAUGUCUCUUACUGGGCUUAGUUGUGGGAUCUCUCCUUCUCUAUAUUGUCUUUUACUGGGCUUAGUUGUUGGAUCUCUCCUCCUCUAUAUUGUCUCUUACUGGGCUUAGUUGUUGGAGGGAGCAAUCAUUUUUCGGUUGCCCCUACAUAAUGCAAAACUUUGACCCUAACUUUAACCCUAACCCAAGACACGUUUGACCCUAAGUGCACUACUUUUGACCAGGGCCCAAUGUAUGGAAUAGGGUGCCAUUUGGGAUGCAGAUUUCCUGUUGGGAGCAAGUCAGCUCUGAGUUGUAGAUGAGUGGGGAGGGAUUUAGGAUUAAAGGUGCUACACAGGAUUUUAAAAAAUAGCAUUGUAAUAGUGGAAUGAUAGUGUUUCACAGUAUUACUUCCCUGGCUGUGAUAUUGGCCUAUUGAUUUCUCCCAUUGGAGAGGCAUCUGUUGUCAAAAUGGGAAAGCUGUUUUGACUUUGGCUGUGUUAUCUAUUUAAAAUCGGGUCAAGUGGCCAAUGUAGAAAUCGCUCUGUAAUUUCUUGACAAAAAUUUUUUGACACUGUUCGCUCAAUUUCAGUUUAUGUGAGAAAACAAGCACUGAAUAGUGUCGGGCAGGGCAGGGUAUUCAACUCUGACCCUACGAGGUCCAGAGCCUGCUGGUUGUCUGUUCUACCUGAUCAUUAAUAUCACCCACCUGGUGUCCCCAAAAAAAGCAGUGGAACUGGCUUUGAGGUCGAGUGUUGAGUUUGAGGGGUGUAGCUAAACAUAUGUUUAAUAAUAAAACAUAUAGUAUUUCCAGCUGUUUGAAGCUGCAGGACCAAAACAGAAAGUAAAAGGCUCAAUUGUGAGUCUCCUCCAUGUUACGGGGAAAUGGGAUUUUGGGGGUGUAGCACCUUUAAGUCAUGAUAACUUUGAAGGUUGAGGGGUUGGUUGUUUGGUGUUUAUUUUCUUUGCUGUAGUCAGACAUCCCUCUGUACAGUGCUUCAAAUGGACCCUUCCUUGGUUUACCCCUGUAAGAUGCUUCAAAUGGACCCUUCCUUGGUUUACCCCUGUAAGAUGCUUCAAAUGGACCCUUCCUUGGUUUACCCCUGUAAGAUGCUUCAAAUGGACUCUUCCUUGGUUUACCCCUGUAAGAUGCUUCAAAUGGACCCUUCCUUGGUUUAACCUUGUAAGAUGCUUCAAAUGGACCCUUCCUUGGUUUACCCCUGUAAGAUGCUUCAAAUGGACCCUUCCUUGGUUUAACCCUGUAAGAUGCUUCAAAUGGACCCUUCCUUGGUUUACCCCUGUAAGAUGCUUCAAAUGGUCCCUUCCUUGGUUUACCCCUGUAAGAUGCUUCAAAUGGUCUCUUCCUUGGUUUACCCCUGUAAGAUGCUUCAAAUGGUCUCUUCCUUGGUUUACCCCUGUAAGAUGCUUCAAAUGGUCUCUUCCUUGGUUUACCCCUGUAAGAUGCUUCAAAUGGACCCUUCCUUGGUUUACCCCUGUAAGAUGCUUCAAAUGGUCUCUUCCUUGGUUUACCCCUGUAAGAUGCUUCAAAUGGACCCUUCCUUGGUUUACCCCUGUACGAUGCUUCAAAUGGACCCUUCCUUGGUUUUACCCCUGUAAGAUGCUUCAAAUGGACCCUUCCUUGGUUUACCCCUGUAAGAUACUUCAAAUGGACCCUUCCUUGGUUUACCCCUGUAACAUGCUUCAAAUGGACCCUUCCUUGGUUUACCCCUGUAACAUGCUUCAAAUGGACCCUUCCUUGGUUUAACCCUGUAACAUGCUUCAAAUGGACCCUUCCUUGGUUUACCCCUGUAAGAUGCUUAAAAUGGUCUCUUCCUUGGUUUACCCCUGUAAGAUGCUUCAAAUGGACCCUUCCUUGGUUUACCCCUGUAACAUGCUUCAAAUGGACCCUUCCUUGGUUUACCCCUGUAAGAUGCUUAAAAUGGUCUCUUCGUUGGUUUACCCCUGUAAGAUGCUUCAAAUGGACCCUUCCUUGGUUUACCCCUGUACGAUGCUUCAAAUGGACCCUUCCUUGGUUUACCCCUGUAAGAUGCCUCAAAUGGACCCUUCCUUGGUUUACCCCUGUAAGAUGCUUCAAAUGGACCCUUCCUUGGUUUACCCCUGUACGAUGCUUCAAAUGGACCCUUCCUUGGUUUACCCCUGUAAGAUGCUUCAAAUGGACCCUUCCUUGGUUUACCCCUGUAAGAUGCUUCAAAUGGACCCUUCCUUGGUUUACCCCUGUAAGAUGCUUCAAAUGGACCCUUCCUUGGUUUACCCCUGUAACAUGCUUCAAAUGGACCCUUCCUUGGUUUAACCCUGUAACAUGCUUCAAAUGGACCCUUCCUUGGUUUAACCCUGUAAGAUGCUUCAAAUGGACCCUUCCUUGGUUUACCCCUGUAAGAUGCUUCAAAUGGACCCUUCCUUGGUUUACCCCUGUAACAUUCUUCAAAUGGUCCCUUCCUUGGUUUAACCCUGUAAGAUGCUUCAAAUGGUCCCUUCCUUGGUUUACCCCUGUAAUGUGCUUCAAAUGGACCCUUCCUUGGUUUUGCCCAGAUAGGCCACUGCACUGACUGAACCCUGUACAGUCCAUCACAUUCAGCAUGGGGGGGUAGUGAAUGGUUGGUAAUGAAUGUGUGUGUGCUAUAUCAGACGUUCGGUCUCUGAACAUCAUUACAGUAGGAAAUCCAUGACAAUAUUCUGUGGGAUGCAGAAUUGUUCAGUAGGCUACAUAUGCACAGGUCUUUCUUUUCUGUAAAAGAGAAUAACGUCCUCCUCUCUGUCUUUUUCUCCUGGAUGGUCACACAGGGUUUUCCUGAGGUACUAAGAUAGAUAACUCUUUUUUUGUUGCAUGACAGGCACUCAUUUCCAUAAGGAAACUACAGUAGGCUAUUAGGUAGGCAAUACGGAGGACAGAGAGAGAGUUUGUAUGAACCAGCCCAAUGCACUGACCUCAACAGUAUUGUAUCCUUAAUGUUGUAUUAGGCUGAGUCUGGGUGUGUUUCGGGUGGCUGAUUUCAUUGUCGGUGCUGAUCUGGCUGUAGUGAGUGGGAAACCAUCCCUAGUGAACCCACAACUUCUGGCUGUAGUGAGUGGGAAACCAUCCCUAGUGAAACCACAACUUCUGGCUGUAGUGAGUGGGAAACCAUCCCUAGUGAAACCACAACUUCUGGCUGUAGUGAGUGGGAAACCAUCCCUAGUGAAACCACAACUUCUGGCUGUAGUGAGUUGGAAACCAUCCCUCGUGAAACCACAACUUCUGGCUGUAGUGAGUUGGAAACCAUCCCUAGUGAAACCACAACUUCUAGCUGUAGUGAGUGGGAAACCAUCCCUAGUGAAACCACAACUUCUGGCUGUAGUGAGUGGGAAACCAUCCCUAGUGAAACCACAACUUCUGGCUGUAGUGAGUUGGAAACCAUCUCUAGUGAAACCACAACUUCUGGCUGUAGUGAGUGGGAAACCAUCCCUAGUGAAACCACAACUUCUGGCUGUAGUGAGUUGGAAACCAUCCCUAGUGAAACCACAACUUCUGGCUGUAAUGAGUUGGAAACCAUCCCUAGUGAAACCACAACUUCUGGCUGUAAUGAGUGGGAAACCAUCCCUAGUGAAACCACAACUUCUGGCUGUAGUGAGUUGGAAACCAUCCCUCGUGAAACCACAACUUCUAGCUGUAGUGAGUUGGAAACCAUCCCUAGUGAAACCACAACUUCUGGCUGUAGUGAGUGGGAAACCAUCCCUAGUGAAACCACAACUUCUAGCUGUAGUGAGUGGGAAACCAUCCCUCGUGAAACCACAACUUCUGGCUGUAGUGAGUUGGAAAUGUCACUCUAGCAUCUCUCCUGUGGUUCAGCCUGUUACAUGUCACUCUAGCAUCUCUCCUGUGGUUCAGCCUGUUACAUGUCACUCUAGCAUCUCUCCUGUGGUUCAGCCUGUUACAUGUCACUCUAGCAUCUCUCCUGUGGUUCAGCCUGUUACAUGUCACUCUAGCAUCUCUCCUGUGGUUCAGCCUGUUACAUGUCACUCUAGCAUCUCUCCUGUGGUUCAGCCUGUUACAUGUCACUCUAGUAUCUCGCCUGUGGUUCAGCCUGUUACAAGUCACUCUAGCAGCUCUCCUGUGGUUCAGCCUGUUACAUGUCACUCUAGCAUCUCUCCUGUGGUUCAGCCUGUUACAUGUCACUCUAGCAUCUCUCCUGUGGUUCGGCCUGUUACAUGUCACUAUAGCGUCUCUCCUGUGGUUCAGCCUGUUACAUGUCACUCUAGUAUCUCGCCUGUGGUUCAGCCUGUUACAUGUCACUCUAGCAUCUCUCCUGUGGUUCAGCCUGUUACAUGUCACUCUAGCAUCUCUCCUGUGGUUCAGCCUGUUACAUGUCACUCUAGCAUCUCGCCUGUGGUUCAGCCUGUCAGUUGUGGUCCAGGGGUCAACUUGAGAGGUCACUCACUCCCGUGGCGCUGUAUAUCCAGGAAGAACGGGGGGGAGAGAUAACACAAACACUUCCUGAUUCACAACAUGGGGCGGGGGCUUAUUCCGGAGUGGCACAACAACGUUAACAUAGAAAUACAUUGUGUAGAACAGUCAUGACUGUCUGUAAUGUGAAAUAGGGAAUGGUAACCAGUCUAUACUUCAUAUCUCUAUCUGCAACGGCCUAGUAAAUGGUGCAUCAUACUGACUAAGCCCCUAGAAAGGCUUGUUUUGUAACUCUGUGUCUCAUGAUCCUAACUCCUCUAAUAGGACUAGCAUUCAAGCAAACAUGCAGUACAGAAAAAACGUUACAUUGGUCUUUUGCCAUAAAAAAACUACAUAAAUACUGAUUAAUCAGUCAAUGCUAAUUGGAAGAAAUCAGGUUUGGAUUUGAUUGAAAUGGGUUACUGUUAUUGGAUUUGAAUGAGAUGGUGUAUUGCUGGAACACAGGAGCUAGUAGGACUUUUCCACAAUGUGAAAUACCUGCAGUGCGUGUUUGAUUGAACUCAGCCCUUGGGUCUACAGCUGCAGCCUGCCACAACACAAAUACCAUUCAACCCACUCUGACCUACAAUGGCCUCAGAAAAACAUGUAAGACUUUAUAAAAAUAAGACUUUUGGUUUGAACUGAAUGUCAUUGCUCCCCGAUUGUAAUCUGAUGUUAACAUGCCUUCGGACUUUGUACAUAUUUUGAACAUGGCCUUGGUUUUUACAUGAGAAAAUGUGUCUAUAAGUGCUUUAUAGGCAAAGCGUUUCGGUACGCUUGUGUUGUUGACAGACCUGGGUUGAAAUACUAUUUGAUAUCAUUUCAAAUACUUUAUCUUGGCUUGACUGGCACAAUGGAACCAAUAGAAUAGUCACAAGGACUGCAAGCCACGGCCAUCAGGCACUCCAGGCAGACUAGACUAGAGCAAACUCUGAACGUUUUUGAAAGAUUUCAAGUAGUAAUUGAACCCCGGUCUGGUUGUUGAAUACAAGUACUAUCUGAGCAUAUUGUAUAUCUGAGAAGCCAAGAUUUAUAGGUUUUCCUAGUUUUUGUUUUUAGACUUUACAAAACAUGUGAGAUGUCUUUUUGUUCUUUCUACCAGCUGUGUUAUAGCCUAGUGAAGCAUUACACUGCUGUUGUAAGGAAAAGGACCAAGUCAAUGGUUAUGUACCAAAUGGUACCCUAUUCCUUACAAGUGACACUUCUUUUGACCAGAGCUCUAUGGGCCCUGGUUCAAAGUAGUGCCCUACGGUACAUAGGGAAUAGGGUGCCAUUUGGGAUGCAGUUAUUAUUAUUGCUUUUUGGGGAAAGCAAACUGUAGUUAUUAUGGAGUGUCCUAUGUAGGUUAGGUUGUGCUGUUGUUGAUGUUGUGUGUGUACAAUCUGGUUUCCCUUUUCAUUUAUCAAGAGUCAAGAACAAGGACAUUUUCUUCUUUUUUUUAAACAGUGCCUGUUAAAUUAAAUAUUAAAAGAUUAAUGCUUUUGAAUUACAAGACUAUCUAUAAAGUUAGGUUUGACCAAGUUGUUCUCUCACCAAUUGACAUCAGAUGAGGAUAUAGGAUUUAGGAUGAGAAGUUUGACCAAAUCCAGUUGUUUAGUGUGAAGUGUAAAAGAAGCCUGACUGCUACAACAUGUAGAGGGUUGUUUGUGUCUGAUGUAGCUAGUGUUGUCUGACUGACUGACUCAGGAAAGAAGAACCCUGGUUAACAGGUUCAUUCUCUAUUCUGGGUUUUCAACAGAGGAUCCUGCAUAUAAUCAGUCCCAUAGGAGCAAUACAACUCUUUGACUGUGUCUCAAAGGGCAAUCUAUUCCUUUUAUAUAGAGCACUACUUUCAACUGGUCAAAUGUAGUGCACUAUGUAGGGACUAGUGUGUUAUUUGGGACACGCAGACUUAUUAUACACACUAUUUCCUAACUGAAUGACACCAAGUUGAGUCAUUCAUGGAGAAUGUUAACAUUUUGCAGUAGAGCAUGUUUUGUUUGUGUUCAUUAAAGGAGUAAUUCCACUGGUUGUGCUCUCUUCCUCUUCAAACGUUUUCCUUUCGCAGGCUUUAGUUAAAACAACUACUUUGUAGACCAAUAAACGUGUCAUCUUGGAAUGUG